AUGGAAAUUAACGGUAGCACUUCGACGGCUACGCCUACUGCCUCCGCCGUCGCUGUCGUCUCUGCGUCAGAAAUCACCACUCCCGUCAGCUCUCCUUCUCCCACUUCUUCACCACCGCCGUCUCUUUCGCCGCAGCAGCCGCCACAACCGCCGGUGGUGCUAAGUCCUUGUGCGGCUUGCAAAAUUUUACGGCGGCGCUGCGCCGAGAAAUGUGUUUUGGCGCCGUAUUUUCCUCCGACAGAUCCGGCUAAGUUCACAAUCGCCCAUCGUGUCUUCGGAGCUAGCAACAUUAUUAAGUUCUUGCAGGAACUUCCGGAAUCUCAACGAACAGAUGCCGUUAAUAGCAUGGUUUAUGAAGCAGGAGCACGGAUGAGAGAUCCAGUUUACGGUUGUGCGGGUGCAAUUUACCAUUUACAGAGACAAGUGAGUGAGCUUCAAGCACAACUUGCUAAAACUCAAGUAGAACUAGUGAGCAUGCAACUCCAACGAUCAGAUCUACUAGAACUGUUAUAUAAAGUGGAACGAACAAAGUUAUCAGCACAAGAAGUACACCAGAAAAUGUCCUUUGAGAGUUCAUUUGAUAGUGGUGACGAAUUCAUUAGUAGCCCCGAUGAAGUGACCAAUGAUUUGGGAUUCCUUGAGGACACCAACAACAAUAACUCAUCAAUGUCGUGGUGGGAUCCUCUUUGGCCAUGAUCAUAACUUAUGGUAUUAUUAGCUUACUUUAAAGUGCUUUAGUGGUUACUUCCAUAUGCAUAUUAAAGACUUAGGAUGUGAUAUAUGGGAAGUUUAAAUAAUUUGUCUAAGUCAACCAAUCAUGUAUAAGCACGUACGUAAGAGAACUGCUUCAAAUUUGUCAAACAUGCUACGUAAUAUUAUUUUGAGGGGUAUUAGAUAAAAGAGAGGUUGUAUUAAGAUUCAAAGAGUCUUCUCCUAACGCUAAUGAGAAGGAGUUAAUCGAAAUUUAAUGGCUUGAAUAAUUUUUAGUUUGUUAA